AUGUGUGCGAAUAAACUAGUCGUCGUUGGGCUUGGUAUCCUUGCGACGGGAAUAUAUAGAGGUGUUACGGCAGACGGGACCUCUUGGAGGGUUGAUUUGCGGUGUGGAUGGCCUAAUAUGUCUACUGACGGUGAAAAUAACGCCACCUGUAAUCCAAACUCUGAUGCGCCGUGCUGCUCACAAUUCCAGUGGUGUGGAGGCUCUAAAGACCACUGCCUUUGUGCCACGUGCAUUGACUACCGUAGUAUGCCAUGGCGAGAGGAUGGCUUCUGCGGUCCAUCAUUUCCUGCGGAUGCCGACCAUCCAGUCGGCGAGUGUAAUCCCAUCAGCAACAGUCCCUGCUGCAUACACGACCGUUGCGCGACGUCUCUGGAGUGUGCGAUUGCCCCCCACUCGUCCUACAUCGACUACAGCCUGCCAUACCGUUACGACAACCUCUGUGGGCCCAAAUAUCCCGCCCCGGACGGUAGUGGUGUAGGCCAAUGUCGCGGCAACAGCGACCGCCCAUGUUGCGGUGUCAAUGGUGUAUGCGGCAAUAGAGCGAGUGGGUCGUGCGCCUGUCCGUCAUGCGUUGAUUACGGUCAGUUCGACUACGAAGUCUUGUCCUGUGGCGGAUAUACUUGGUACCUGGGCUACGACAAAUAUCUACACCGCGUGGGCUCGGGGUGUUCUGUUGGGACAGAGAAGUGCUACAGCUGUGACACCAUUAACUUAGACGGCCUGGGCAUCGAGGGUCUGACGGGGGGCGUGUUCUCGCAUAUGGCCACAUACUAUCUGAGUGUGCAAUACAACAACAUCACACACCUGCCCAUCAACCUGUUUGCGGAGAGUGAGAUCUCCAUCAUCUCCUUUGCCGAGAAUCAGAUCACAAAGAUUGAGGACAACACGUUUGUGGGAUGGAUCAACCCACAGAGCCUAGAUUUGGGACAUAAUCAGAUCACGGCCCUGUCCCGGAAUUCACUGGUAGGACUACAGGACAUGAAGCAUCUGCGCAUUGACAACAACAACCUCACAACCGUUGCCAUGGGAACCUUCAGCGAUCUGACCCAUCUGCAAAGUCUUUUCCUGAACGAGAACAGCAUCACUCGCAUUAGCAAGGGCGGCUUCUCUGGGCUGGCCAGUCUCAACCAACUGGAUCUGACAGGGCAGCUGCUGGUAGCCGAGUGCUGCAGCAUCCUGUUUGCCGUUGAGGAUUUGAUGGAAGCGGAUAAGGACGGCCUGUCGUUUGAUGAUGUGUGUGUGUGGAGAGACAUAGGCAUUAAACCACAGGAGCUGGAUCACAGCGUGACGCUGGAGCGCAUGUUCACAGACAUCCCCAGUCACAUCGAGCCAAUGCCAUCAGCCAACGCAACUACGCUCAUCAACACCGUGGAUCUGCUGGGCGUGCUGUUCCUGCAGCUGUUUCCGUUGUGCGCGUACUGUCGACUGCACACGACAUACAAAGUGGACAACGCCGUCUUCAUUGACGUGCCGUUGCAGGACUGUACAUUCACCACCGACGAGUGCAUAGCCAUUGCAGGCCACACCAUGAAG